AUGAAGUACUGCAUCAUCCUCGCUGCUACUUGCGCCUCAACGGCCUUUGCUGCCGCCGUGUCACAGCACGACCCCGCUCUUGCGGAGCUCGUCGCCCGGACCGGUGAGAUCGCCCAGGUCGAGGCGCGGGCCGAGAAGGAAGACGGCGGCGAGAGCAAGAACGCCAAGAAGAACGACACCGGCAGCGGCAAGGGCAAGGGCAAGAACAGCACUCAGCCUGCCACGGGUGGUGGCAAGGACAACGGCAAGGGCAAGGGCAAGAACAGCACUCAACCUGCCACGGGCGGCGGCAAGGACAACGGCAAGGGCAAGGGCAAGGGCAACUCGACCGAGCCCGGCAAGCUGCCCUCCAAGGGUGCCGCUGCCGGCCGCAUGGCUGCCCUCUCCAACGCCGGCGGCUACGUCACGGUCGCUGGCUUGGGUGUCACUUUUGCCCUCUACAUCUAG